AUGCGAGUGGAGUCGUCCAGCGUGGUGCCAGGGGUGGUCGUCGUCCGGGAGGAGCUCGCCGCAGCGUGCCCGGCCGUCCCGGAGGUGCCGGCGAGACCUUCACCAGCCCGUGUGACCGUGUCCGCCUCCGGGCCCAGACCAGCGGUGCAGCAGGUGGAGGCGACAGCCCAGGAGUCGGCCAGCGAGGUGCCGGGGGUGGUCGCCGGUCAGGAGGAGGUCGCCGCAGCGGGCCCUGCUGUCCCAGAGGAGCGACAGAAGAUCGACAAAGCUAAGGCUGUUUUUGUUCCUUCUGUUUGUGUUAGUGAUGUUCAGUCAGAGUCUAGCGCUAAUGCUGUGGCAACAGGGUCUAACAUAGAUAGCAGCAGGAUUAGGCUAGCUAAAGUUGUGCGCGGGUCGUUUCAUCAGGGAAAUGCCCGAUUUGUGUAUGGUGGAGUGCAGUGUAUGGCUAUAGCUUUGGUCAGCUUAGCCAAACACACGGUGAGGAGCGCGUUCUCGUGGGACAGGCUGGAUCUGGAUCGCGCGUUGGUUGAAGGUGAUGAGUUGUACACGAGUUUGCGUGACCUCAACAUCUUCAGCCAUGUGUCUAAUCUGCUGUCUGUGCCAGAUUUGCCACAACAGCUGGAGUUAGACGGACAGUUGUUUAGGUUCGGUUUUGGCGACACGGUGUUAGGCGAAGUAGGCGUGACCGAAGGUGAAUACAUCGAUUUCGGUGUAUUCAUCAGCUUGCGUAAUGGACUGGAGAGAAUUUUCAGUCAAUACACCACAUGUCUUUUGACAAUGUGUGGAAACACCACUGCCAUCGUGCGUGAGGGUGGACGGUUCGCUGUGGUCGACAGUCACUCACGCAGUAACACUGGCUUGUUACACCACGACGGUACAAGCGUGGUUCUGCAUUUCACGUGUCUCGACGACCUGCACCACUACAUCUGUCGUUUGGCCGACAGUCUCCGUUCGAGGGAGAAGCUCUUUGAGCUGUGUGGUGUGACGUUUCUCCAGCGAGGUGAGCAGCGGUUCAGCAGCAGAACCAACGGUGACCAAUGGCAGAAAGCGUGUCAUUUCUUCUGA